UUAUCACAUAAUUUCGAGAAAUAAAAUAUCAUCAGUACAUCAAAACAAACUCAUAAUCAUGAUGUGACGCCAUCAGUCACUGAUUGACAUAAACCAAAUCAAGAGGCCAACUCACACGCGCAUCAUUUCUUUAAUAGUCUAAUAUGAUGUUAUAAAUACAGGAAAUUCAAACUCCCUCGUUAUCUGAUGCAUUUUAUCCAUUUACAAAUGCAAAUGCUUUUACUAUUUAGAAGAAAUGAAAUUUUUCGUCAAAAUAUGCGUUUUAAUUCUUCUUUCCUGCCAUGUACAAAGCAAAAAGCUUUGGUGGGAAACAAUGUCAUUAUAUCAAGUCUAUCCAAGAAGUUUCAUGGAUAGCGACGGAGACGGAAUAGGUGAUCUCAAAGGUAUUGAAAGUAGACUGAGUCAUUUAGUUGACUCACAUGUUGAUGCUUUUUGGUUGUCACCAAUUUAUAAAAGUCCAAUGGUAGACUAUGGUUAUGAUGCGUCUAGUUUUACUGAAAUUGACAAAAUUUUUGGAACUAAUGCAGAUUUUGAAAGUUUAGUUCGAGAAGCUCAUAAAUUAUCACUUAAAGUUAUAAUGGAUUUUGUACCAAAUCAUAGUUCCGAUCAACAUGAAUGGUUUCAAAAAAGUGUUAAAGGAAUUGAACCUUAUACUGACUAUUAUGUGUGGCACAAAGGACAUAAAAUUAAUAAUACCAUAAAAGAACCCAAUAAUUGGCGAAGUGUAUUUGGAGGCUCAGCCUGGACUUGGAAUGAGCAACGACAAGCAUUUUAUCUUCAUCAAUUCGGAUUUACUCAGCCUGAUUUAAAUUACAGAAAUGAGAAGUUAUCUGAAGAAAUGAAGAAUGUUCUACGAUUUUGGAUGGAUAGAGGAGUCGAUGGUUUUCGAAUUGACGCUACUCCAUAUAUUUUUGAAGAUGAAAGAUUUUUAGAUGAACCAUUAUCUGGUAUAUCGGAUGUUAAUGACUAUUCUUAUACAAUUUCAAUAUAUACGAAAGAUCAACCUAAAAAUUAUGAACUGAUGUCAGAAUGGCGAAAAGUAGUUGAUGAUUACAGUGCUAAAGUUGAUCAAGUACCAAGAGUAUUAAUGGUCGAAGCCUAUGCUAAUAAUUCAAUGACUAUGAAAUAUUAUACAUCAGGAAUUCAUUUUCCUUUUAAUUUUAUACUCAUGGAUAUAAAAAAUUCGUCAACUGCACAAGACAUUAAAAAUUUUGUGGAUAAAUGGAUGUUAACUAUGCCUCAAGGAGCAACUGCUAACUGGGUGACAGGUAAUCACGACAAUCCGAGAUUAGUGUCUCGACUUGGUUUUCAUCGAGCAAUUGCAGUUACGACAAUGGCUUUGUUACUUCCUGGAAUUAGUGUUACUUACAAUGGUGAGGAGAUCGGAAUGGUUGAUACUCCAAUUAAUACAACUGAUCCAUCCAGAUUUCGUGAUCCUGUACGAUCACCCUUUCAGUGGGAUAAUUCCACAUCAGCCGGAUUUUCAACUAAUCCAAAAACAUGGCUUCCAGUAAAUAAAAAUUACAAAACUCUUAAUUUAGAAUUUCAAAAAGCUACUAAGGAAUCCUAUUACAAUUAUUAUAGAGAACUUGCAACAUUCAGAAAAACAUCAUCUAUCAGAAAUGGAAAUUUGGAAUUAAAAGUAUUAGAUAAUGAUAUAUUGGCAUUUGCAAGAAAAGCGAAAGGAAAAAAUUCUGUAUAUGUUGUAAUAAACUUAAAUAAUCAAACGAAAACUAUCAAUUUGAGAAAAUUUAAAAAUACUCCUGGUCAAAUUACGAUUUAUAAAGCUACUCCUGGUGUGGAUAUACAAUCUAAUGGUCUUGUAAAAUCUGAUGCAGCAAAGAUUCCACCUAAUGCGACUGUAAUUUUUAUUGGCAAGAAUAAAAAAAACCGUCAUUGAACAAUUACUAUAAUGGAAAUAUAAAGAGCAUUGGUGUAUUAUCUUUUUAAAAAAUUAUUUUCACACAGAAUAUGAAAUUAAAAAUUAAUAAACAGUAAGUGAAUAAAUAAGCAAAUAAAAUUGAAUUAAAAAUCA